CGUUAUGGAGCCUUCGAACACUCCGUGCAAGGCUCCCUUGUAUUCUUGUCUUCUCCUCUUCAAACUACUUUUGGCGAAUGCAGUUAUCAUCCCAUUUUACUUUCUCCAACCAAGCCGCCAAUCAAUCAUUUUCCUAACCUAUUGUUCCCAAAGUCUCAACCGUCCGUCAAUCUGACAGUUGACCACGUGAUAAGACUAGCCCUUCCAUAGCCGCGUCUCAAGAACAUCAUCACCAUCGCCAUGACGGAUCGACCUCAGUCAGAGAUCAUCCGAGAACAUCCCAUCGGCACAGGCCUAGAUGCCUUCCGUGCUUCGUUCGAAUCAGUCUGUAAAGACAGGGGCAUCUCCUGUCCUACGCCAGACGCGCUCAGUCAGCUGGGCCCACAAGGUGUCAAAGGUGAGGGAGACAGGCCCACGUUGCCGAGAUGCCCAUCUAACCACUGUUUAGAUUUGCGGGGUCUUGCGUUUAGUCUUCUGGACACACUCCAAACCCUCCCUAUUACCCGUCUUCUACGUUCGAAUACGGGCAGUGGCACCCUUCGAAUCGAUCUGUUGAGACGCCUACCCGCCCUCGACUCCGACGACGUGAACAACUUCCACUCGGACCAAUUCGAACCGCUUUUCAAUGCAGUCCUCACCAACAAGCCCGACGAUGAGAUCUGGCGCCAAGUUUACUGUGCCCUUACCGAAGCCACCCCGCCUCCCCGACCGACAGCAUCUUACUUUCGUCAAACUCCGCGGUCUAUCAACACGAGCAGCUUCGCAAACUCCUCCGAGUAUCGCAAGCAUGUGGACAUGGUCCUCAAGGAUGAGCUCGGCGCUAUGUACGUCGACCUUCCUGACUUCCAUGACAUCUUUUUCGGUCGGGUGGCGGGUCUUAAGACAGCAUCAGAGGCCGUCUUCAACAAGUGCACGGAAGGCAGCGAACCACUCUUCCGUAAUGGUUGGUGCGGGUGGCCGACAGAUGCGAACCAGAACCGUGUCCUGGACUGGUUUGCAGAACUGAGCGAGAAACUGGCAAUGUUUGCAGAAGAGUACAAUCCGAAUCAGACACCGACGCCUCGACGAAGGCUGCUGGUACAACCCAACAAACGGAUCCUCGGCUCGAUAGCGGAACGCAAAUUGGAUGUCGGCUUCGUGGAUGACUCAAAGGCUGGAAAGGAUACGCAAUGGCGCUGGUCGCAUGUCCUCGUACCGGGCGAGCUGAAGAGCAAUCCUUCUGCCGAUAUAGCGUCAAACGCAUGGCUCGAUCUCGGGAAAUACGCGAGGGAAGUGUUCGCUGCUCAAGACACACAGGACAGUCGACGCUUCGUCUUGGGAUUUACCAUCUGUGGAUCAUUCAUGAGGAUAUGGGAGUUUGAUCGGCUCGGGGCCAUCGCAUCCAAACAGUUCGAUAUCAACAGGGAGGGCUUACAGUUCGUAUCAACGGUCCUCGCGUUUCUCUGGAUGAGCGAGGAGGAGCUUGGGUUCGAUCCAUCCAUCAUAAAGGAGGAUGACAAGCGGUUCGUCCAGAUCAAGAGGAAUGACUCAACAGAGCGUCUCAUCAUUGAUAAAGUGAUGCUACGCGCACGUUGUAUAUCCGGCCGGGCAACGACCUGCUGGAAGGCCCAUCCCGAGGGAGACCCGCAGACGCCACUAGUCAUCAAGGAUUCCUGGCAGUACCCUGAGCGCGACGAGGAAGGGGAGCUGCUGCGAGACGCGACCGAUAAAGGGGUAGUGAACGUAGCUCGAUACUAUCACCACGAGACGGUCCAGGUGCGCGGAGCCGAUGACGAUAUCCGAAGCAACGUUCGGGGAGGAAUGGAUGUUAGUACGGCGAAGAACUACAGGCCGGAACGCUCGACGCCGCCGACCAGGACGGUUACGGCCAGUGCCUCGCGGAAAGGCCGCAGUACUAGCAUGGCUGGCAAGAAACGGUCAUCUAGCCAAACCGACGCCGCUUUACCCUCCAGCAAGCGAUCCUGUACGACCCAGGCUAGCAGUGAUGCGCUGCCAAAUCGGGUACGUCGGCGAGUCAUUGUUCGCGACUAUGGCCGACCCAUCUAUAAGGCAAGCUCCCGAGCAGCCCUACUUGCUGCGUUGAAAGGCUGCAUUGACGGACACGAGUCCCUAUGGAGAAAGGCCGGCCUCCUUCACAGAGACAUCUCCAUCAACAACCUCAUGAUCAAUGAGGACGACAACAACCCUUCCUGGCCUUCGUUCUUAAUCGACCUAGACCUUGCUGUCAGAAAGGAACGAGAAGGUGCCUCCGGAGCAAAGGGCAUGACCGGCACCAGGGCGUUCAUGGCAAUUGGGGUCCUUCUGGGCGAACAACAUUCCUUCAUGCACGAUCUCGAAUCAUUCUUUUGGGUCCUGUUCUGGAUCUGCGUCCACUACAACGGGCCAAACGACAGCGACAGCAUGGUUGUUGACGAGUUUGAGCAGUGGAAUUAUACCAGCCCGGUAACGUUGGCAAAGUUGAAGAAGGCGACAGUUGAUGAUGAAGGAGAUUUCAUCGAAUCGGCAGAAGAAAACUUCACGCCAUACUACCGGCCGUUGAUACCUUGGGUCAACAAACUACGGAGAGAAGUAUUUCCGAACGGUGGGAGGUGGAAAAAAGAGGACGAGGGAUUGUAUGAUCGGAUGAGGGGGAUUCUUGAGAAAGCUCGAGAGGAUCCAAAGGUAUUACGGAGAGAUAGCUCUACGAAUUAGUGUAAUUAGUAGAGAGAAUUAUAUAGUGAUUUGCGUGUACGGUUUCCAGCUCCUCCCUAUUUGCCCAGUUCAACCAAAAUGCCGAUUGGAGUACCAUACAAACAGCCAAGUCAUUCUACGCCGUAACUUUUGGAUUGGUUCUAUUAGAUGUGGGCUGCCCGUGGUUGCCUUGUUGCGUAGGGUUCAUUGACG